UGGCCUUAAUGAUUCCAAUUGGCAGCUGCUGUUCUGAGGUUUCGAUCCGGAGGGCGGCGAGGUUUGGUCGGAAGGCAGAGGAGUGGCGACUAGAUAGGAGAAAGAGCCCUCGCAGAUUCCGAGUCCAUGCUUCUUUUACAAUGCCUUUUGCUUCUCCUGAACCUGGAUAUGCUUCUAAACAAGAGAAAUUCUCCCCACGGUGUACCCCAAAAAAUUCUUCCGACGGCCCUCAGUCCCGUGACACUCCGCCAAAAAGAGACACUGGUAUUGCAAAUGAGAAAGACUGGGGCAUCAGCUUGUUAAAUGAAAAUGUUAAUGAGUCUGGGACUAAUGAAGAUGGAAGUACUUGGUACCGAGAAAGUGGGGAGGAUUUAGGUGAAAAUGGAUACAGGUGUAGAGGGACGAGGAUGGGUGGUCAAUGCAAGGAUGGUUCCUCCGAGUGGAAAGAAACGUGGUGGGAGAAAAGUGACUGGACUGGAUACAAAGAGCUAGGUGUUGAGAAAUCAGGAAGAAAUGCUGAAGGAGAUUCUUGGUGGGAGACGUGGCAGGAGGUGCUUCAUCAAGAUGAAUGGAGUAAUUUAGCAAGGAUAGAAAGGAGUGCUCAGAAGCAAGCCAAAUCAGGUCCUGAAAAUGCUGGAUGGUUUGAGAAAUGGUGGGAGAAAUAUGAUGGUAAAGGCUGGACAGAAAAAGGGGCACAUAAGUAUGGUAGGCUGAAUGAACAGUCAUGGUGGGAGAAGUGGGGAGAACAUUAUGAUGGAGGAUCUGUUGUCAAAUGGACAGAUAAAUGGGCUGAGACUGAAUUGGGAACCAAAUGGGGAGAUAAGUGGGAGGAGAAGUUCUUUGCUGGGAUUGGUUCACGUCAAGGGGAGACAUGGCAUGUAUCUUCUGGCGGUGAACGUAUGUCUCCACUCAUUUGAUUGUGUUGCCUUGUAAUGUAGGACAUUCUAAGUAGGUUUGGGUUACUUAUUUAUUUAUUUAUUUUUAUUUUUAAUUAAUAAUAAUAAAAAGCUUUCUAUGCACUAUGUAGUUAUUUGCUGUUAGACUCUCAAUUACCAAUUAGUCCAUAGAUUUGGUAAGUCCCAUUGGGUUUCUUUAGUCAAGAUUUAUGCUUUUCUUUCUUCCUUUUUAAUUAAAGAACAUUUAAAUUAGGAAAAAAGUUUGUUCAUGUUUGUUUCCUCUUUAAGUGAAACAGUUAUGUGCUAUUUGUCAUAAUCAGCACAACAUAAAUUAGGACAAAAGUUUAGCAGAGGAUAACCUAGGUGAAUUGGUAUUGAUUUUCUUUUAAAAUUAUGAGGUACAGAGGCAACCUACUACUACUAAAACUUUAGGCAUACAUGUUUACUGACCAUGAUAUUUUCUUUUAAACUGCAAUGUUGUGUGUCUAUAGGGUGGUCAAGGACAUGGGGAGAGGAACACUUUGGGAACGGUAAAGUUCACAAAUAUGGGAGGAGCACAACAGGUGAAAGUUGGGAUAUUGUUGU